AUGGGUGAUAGCGACUGGGAUCCCUAUGCCACGACGAUGAAGACCGCGUUCACGGGCAAAACGGGGGCAGCGCCUGUGUCGACUCAUCAAAAAGGUAUUAGAAGAUUAGGAUAUGCAUAUUCACUUAGUGACCCUAUUUACAAUCAGACUCAAUACAACGAUGAAUAUGUUUGGAAAUCACAUUCCAAAGAAGAUUUGCUUAAAUCUGGGACCUCAAGAGGACUUGGGGGCCACAGACAUCACCCCGGUCAAGAUGUCUUGCUGCGGACACUACCUCGGUCCGUCACCAGCAUCAUAAAUGGCUGCCUCCUUCGGAAAAGUGCUGCUUCAGCAGAAGAAGUCAGGAAUGCACUGUCAAAUCAGUUUAUUUCUGUCACUAAGGAAGACUUUGUGGACAGAGCAGAAGCUCAGAAGAUUAGGAAAAGUUUUCAAGAGCCUCUUGAAUGGAAAAAGUCACUUCCCCGACCUCAAGACACUGAAUUUCGACGGAAUUACCAAGUUCCAGCUAAAAUUCCUGAGUUACAGGAUUUUAGUUUCAGAUAUGGAUGCUACUCAAACCUGCCUGUUGCUUCUCAGGGGCUAGUUCCUGCUGUGCUCUGCAGCCACCUGCGGAACCAAGAGUGCACCAAGAAACAGACUGUAUACCAAAGUGAUUAUGGGAGGAACUACUUGGAUUUCUUAAUGAUUCUGAAAUCGUUUGAUCCCUCUCAAAUCAAGGAGUACCUGAGCAACGUUUCCCAUAAAGACAGACAAAUUCUUGAUCGCUUUAUUCGUUCUCACUACAAUAUUGCCAAAGGAAGAAGUGAAAAAGGAAAAUAGAUCAAAUGAAGAAAAUCUGAAAAUCAGCAAAAGCCCUAGUGCUUGCCUCGUUAUUUUCUCAACAAUCAAGGAAAAAUAAGAUGCAAGUUGCUCCAUCUAUGUUACGAUAUUCACGACUUUGCAUUUUAUUUUGUCUUAUUUUUUAACAAUGAAAUCC